AUGGCGGUGCCGGCCUGGAUGCGGAGGCAGAUGGACCAGAUCCUCGAGCUGGACAUGGAGGAGCUCGAGGUCGAAGAGGUCGACGACUCCGGCUCCUCCUCCUCCUCCGACGUCGCCACCUUCCUCAGAAAUACUCAUGGAGAUGGAGAGACUAGCACUUCUGGAGAGUUUACAGUCAAUAUGUCUCGGGCUUCCCUGAACACAUAUGUUGGUGAGAUUGAUGAUACCCGGGGCAGAUUUGCUUUCUUGGAUGGUGGUGCACUCCUCAGUUUACCUAUGCUUUCUCUUCAAGGAUUUGUUUUGUUUCCUGAAGCUACCCUGACUCUUAGAGUAACUCAACCUAGAUUUGCAGUAGCUGUUGACAAGGCUAUUAACCAUGUUGAUAAUCCAUGCAUGAUAGGUGUGGUUCAUGUCUACCGACACGUAAAUGAUGGGCAUCAUGCUAUUGCUUCAGUUGGCACAACAGCGGAGAUACUUGAAAUUAGGCGAUUGGAUGAUGGCUCGACAAAUGUUAUCACUCGAGGUCAGCAGCGGUUUCGCCUUAGGCGCAGUUGGGUCGACAUCGAUGAAGUACCAUGGGGUGAGAUCCAAAUCAUUGAAGAAGACAUGCCUUUAAGAACUCCAAGGGAUGCAUUUGGACAGUUAGCUGCAAGUAAUACCUUCAAGCAAUGUGAUUCAUCAGUGCACAGUUUUGGUGUAUCUUGUUUCAAGCAAAAAGAUCUUAUGGAUUCUGAUCUUGAUUUGGAUUCUCUGUCAUGCACUAGUACUUCAAGUGACCAUUCAGUAACAGAUACAGGAAUAUACUAUUCCUCAAAUGAAGAUGAAUAUCUCAUGCCUGAACUGUCUUGGCAGAAGCAUGGUUCUGUGAAUGAAUUUGGUGCAUUAAGUCAGCCAGUCAAGGAUACCACCAUCGGAGAUGAUGAUGAUCUUUGCUUUGCAUCCCCUGAAUCCUUAUCAACAGUGAGAGAGAAAGAUGCUGGACAACAGAGACAAUACCGUGCUGCUUAUAAUUCAAAGAUGGCUCCAUUAUCAUUUUGGCCCCGAUGGGUUUACAAUAUGUACGAUUCAUCUUCACUUGCACGCAAGGCUGCAGAUUUGUGGAAUCAGAUAAUUGCAGAGCCAGGCAUGGAUGAUUAUGUGAGAAAACCAGAUAUUUUGUCGUUUCUUAUUGGAAGCAAACUACCCGUGUCAGCGUCUGUGAGACAGGAAUUGCUUGACAUUGAUGGAGUAUCAUAUCGGUUGCAGCGAGAGAUUCAGCUACUCAAGGCCUUCAAUCUCGUACGAUGUAGAAAUUGCCUGGCUCUCAUAGCUAGACGGAGUGACAUGGUGAUACCGUCUAGUGUUGACCAAUGUGGUCCUCAUGUCAUGCCGUUGUUGUACAAAGGUGCGCAGGAGGUGAUAACAGUGCACAACACGUCUGGGCUCGCACUCCAUGGCAAUCCUUCUGAUGCUCACAGCUGGUUCCCAGGAUAUACGUGGACGAUUGCGCUGUGUGCUGCCUGCGAGUCCAACAUCGGCUGGCUGUUCAGGGCUGACAAAAGGAACCUUCUUCCGAAAUCCUUCUGGGGUGUCCGCAUUUCCCAAACUAAAGAUGGCACACAAUCGGCCAAGGACCGAUCGUCCGUAUGA